AUGGAGUUCCACAGCAAGUGGGUUGCCAUCGGCAAGAAGAGGGGCAUGGAUCAACAACAUCUAAUGAUGAAGGCCGAGCCUGAUGCUCGAUUUGUGUUCGAGUUCGACGGUGUAACAGAAUGUAACCUGCAGAGGGCAGUUGGGAAGGGCUUGAGGCUUCGUCGUGCCGGCCACGCGAUUUGGGAAUUGGGAUUUCGAUUCGCCGCUCUUCUCCCUCUCGCGAUCUCGCUACGUUCUUCGUCGCGUGAGGAUAUUCAGAGAUGCCCAUUCUUGAGAAACAUCCAUCAGCCUACUAGCUUCUCCUUCUCAGCUGUCAAUUUUUCUACCCCUGUACGAGGCCAUGGUCCAAUCUUUGAAGAUGGACCAAAUUUUGACAAUGCAUUCAGUCUUUUCCAUGGACAUAAUGGGGUCGUUCCACUCUCAGGAAGAACAUUUGUGCCUGAUCAGAAACUAGAGCCUGAGAUUUCACCUGAGUUUAAUCCCUUAGCAGCAAAGGCAGCCACAAUCAGCCUUUCAGCUUUUGGACCAGGAGGACCUUUUGGCUUUGAUUUCUUCUCAAACAAGUGGAAGAAGCAGAAUGGUAGAUCAUCCAAUUCUCAGAAAAGAGGCGAUUCAGCACACGAGUCACGGAGCAAUGAGUGGCUGGAAACUGGACAAUGCCCAAUAGCAAAGUCAUAUAGAGCAGUCAGUGCUGUACUUCCCCUGGUUGCAAAUGUUCUAAAGCCUCCCCCCAGCAUGAAGCUAAGGUGUCCACCAGUUGUGGUGGCUGCCCGUGCAGCGCUCGCUCGAACUUCUUUUGUAAAGAAUCUCCGACCACAACCUCUUCCAGCAAAAAUGUUAGCCAUAGCCUUGCUGGGUAUGGCUGCAAAUGUUCCCCUUGGAGUCUGGCGGGAGCACACCGAGAAGUUCUCCCCGCAAUGGGUCAUGGCAGUCCAUGCGGCUGUACCCUUCGUUGCAAUGCUAAGGAAAUCCGUGCUGAUGCCCAAGGCAGCCAUGGCGAUUACGAUUGCAGCCUCAAUCCUAGGUCAGACCAUCGGAUCGAGAGCUGAGCGAAUUAGGCUAAAGGCAGUGGCAGCAUCAGCUGCUGACGAAGGAAACCCUGCAAUUCUCAAAACCAGAACACUAAUAUCAGCUACAAAGACAGGGCAAUGUAGCCAUGAAGUAUCAUGGGAUCCUCUCUCCCUUAAGCCAAGGAACACCUCGAAUCCACCAGCCCCUUCGAUAUGCUAUUGAUUGAGAUUAGUUCGCCAGAGUUGGUAUUUGUUCCCCUUCAAUAAUUUCAGCAUCUCCAUGACUGAAUCGUCGUGUAUUAAUUAAUUAUGAAUGAGUUCACAGGAAUAAAUUCAAUUUGUUUCA